AUGGGCACCAAAGGUCGUGAAGUCCCUCGUGUCGUGUGCUGUGCCAUCCCACUGGCAAGUACGUCUGGAAAGGUCCUUGUUAUAACGAGUCGCAAACGGAAAGACUUGUGGGUUUUGCCUAAAGGAGGUUGGGAGUCGUCAGAUGUAACUUUAGAGAGGGCAGCCUCGCGGGAAGCCUUAGAAGAAGCGGGCGUUCGAGGCAACAUAACUCGAUACGUAACAACGAUCUACUCGCCCUCAACAACAUAUCACUUCUACGAACUCGAAGUUACGACUCUCGACAAGGAUUGGUUAGAGAGCCGGGAGCGGAAGAGAGAGUGGGUGGAUUAUGCCUGA